CCGAGCCUCGCCGGGGUCGAAGGCGGGAGGCUGCGGGCGGGAGGCGGCGGUCUAUGCCGGGGCCCCGGGACCGUCGCGGCCAGAGCUCCCAGCCGCCGCCCAGCCCUCCGCAACAUGCCGGUCGCCGCCGGGCCCCGGCCCCGCUGAGCGCCCCCGCUGUGGAUCUAAUGUCUCCGUGAAGGUGCCGCGGCCGCCGCUUCAGCUUUGCCCCCGGAGGAGCAGCAGGCUGCGGUAGGAUUUUCUCCCGGUCUCGGAAGCCCAACAGACACACCAGCUGCUCCGCCGGCUCGCACCCACCUCGGGAAGAUGGGAAGCAAGGCUCUGCCAGCCCCCAUCCCGCUGCACCCGUCCCUGCAACUCACUAACUACUCCUUCCUCCAGGCUGUGAACACCUUCCCCGCAGCUGUGGACCAGUUGCAAGGUCUGUACGGACUCAGCGCCGUGCAAACCAUGCACAUGAACCACUGGACAUUGGGCUACCCCAAUGUGCAUGAAAUCACCCGCUCUACCAUCACGGAGAUGGCGGCGCAGGGCCUGGUGGACUCCCGCUUCCCUUUCCCCGCGCUCCCCUUUGCCACGCACCUCUUCCACCCCAAGCAAGGGGCCAUCGCCCACGUCCUCCCAGCAUUGCACAAGGACAGGCCCCGCUUUGACUUUGCCAACCUGGCCGUGGCCGCCACGCAGGAGGAUCCCCCCAAGGUGGGGGAGCUCGCCAAGCUGAGUCCCGGACUGGCCUCGCCCCUGUCGGGCAUCAGCAAGCUGUCCCCGGACAGGAAGCCUUCCCGCGGCCGCCUGCCCUCCAAGACGAAAAAGGAGUUCAUUUGCAAGUUCUGCGGCAGGCACUUCACCAAGUCCUAUAACCUCCUCAUCCACGAGCGAACCCACACGGACGAGCGGCCUUACACCUGCGACAUCUGCCACAAGGCUUUCCGGAGGCAGGACCACCUGCGGGACCACCGGUACAUCCAUUCCAAAGAGAAACCCUUCAAGUGCCAGGAGUGCGGGAAGGGCUUCUGCCAGUCCAGGACCCUGGCGGUCCACAAAACCCUACACAUGCAGGAAUCUCCACACAAAUGCCCCACAUGUGGAAGAACCUUUAAUCAAAGAAGUAACCUGAAAACUCACCUUCUUACCCAUACAGACAUCAAGCCCUACAACUGUGAGCAGUGCGGCAAAGUGUUCAGGCGAAACUGUGAUCUACGGCGGCACAGUCUAACUCACACCCCGCGGCAGGACUUCUAGAGCAGCGGGACCCGCGCCCGCUCCGGCAGCUCCAACUUGCCCACUUUACUCAAGGAGUGUAUUGUAGGAACUCACAGACGCGCACACACACACGCACACACACACACGGAGACACGCACGCAGACUCGGGGCCAGGCUUUCCUACCACAUGUCUGCGAAACUCGUUUAGAGAGUGCGGACUGCAGGAUCGGGCCCCUCUCCAACCCAGACCCAAGCAUAAAGCUCAUCUUGUAGAUAAUCGCGGCUCAUUUUAGAGCUCUGUACAGAACGUGUUUUUUUCUUUGUUUGUUUGUUUGUUUUGUAUCGUGUCAGAUGCACAUCGAUAACAAAUCAUUGAGGCAAAGUAUCUCUUUAAAAAGUUAUUUCAAAAUAAAUCUUUUUUUUUUUUUUUCAAAUACCUCCUGCCUUCUUGUAUUAUUCUCUGAGCAUUUGGGCUUUUUUUUUCCUGCUGUGUCAAUGCAAUGGCAAAGCAUAUUGAAUAAAUUUCCUAGCCGG